AUGAUAUUGUGUGCAUGUUGGUGGCAAUAUAAAAGUGAAGACCGUAAUGUUUUGUGUUUUUGGUUGGUGUAAAAUGGUUUGGAGAUGUUGAGUAAUAUGUAAGUGAAACUGUGUGGUAAACUAGUAAAUAUUCAUAUCAGAUGUGGCAGAUUAUUUCUGUUAUCACACACUGGCUAUUUGAAUACUGGAAUACACGCCGGAAAGGAUACGAAGAAGAACAUGGGAGGCUACUUCGCCGCAGAAGGUUAUUGAUGUUGCGUCUUUUGCGACAACGGCGUAGGAGAAAUGUGGUAAAAUCUUGUUGGGCUUAUCCUACAACAGGACGAUUUUGGGAAGAAGUUGUGCCAACAUACAGCGACAUCAGCUUCCUGAAACAUUUUGGCAUUGGUCGUGAAACAUUUCAAUGUCUUGUCGACGAACUGUACGUGGAUUUAGUUAGAGAAAAUACAAACAUGAGACGAUCAAUUCCGGUAGAUAAGAGAAUUGCUGUAGCACUUACAGUCUUGAAGAACAGUGACGAUUUUCUUUCGGUUGCCAAACACUUUGGAAUUGGAAAGAGUACAGUACAUCUGAUUUUGAAAGAAUUCAGUAGUGCUGUGUGUAAAACUUUGUAUGACAAAAUUGUGACAUUUCCUGCUACAGUGACGGAAAGGGAAGAAAUUGUGAAUGCGUUCAGCAAUACAUGGCAUUUUCCUGGAUGCAUGGGUGCAUUGGGAACUUCACAUAUUCCAAUUUUGUCACCAUCACUGUCUUCAAGUAGUUAUUUAAACAAGGAGGGAUACCAUUCAAUAGUGCUUCUUGUUGUUGUAGAUCAUCAGUAUACAUUUAGGUAUGCUGAUGUGGGACAACCAGGCGGAAUGAAUGAUGCAGAAAUAUUCCUGAAAAGUGAAUUAUAUAACUUUCUUUGUAGAGAGGUGCUACCAGAAGAAUUUCACUUAAUUGCAGGUUCAUCAUUUCCUCUACGAAAGUGGCUUAUGACACCUUUUCCAUCUAAUGAAUCAAAAGAUUCAAUGCAGAAAAGAUAUGAUUACCAUUUACAAAAAGCCACCACACCUGUAGAGAUAGCAUUUGGUCACUUAAGAGGACGUUGGAAAAUCUUAUUUAAACGAUGUGACUUGCAACUGGACAAUAUGAUCAAUAUUGUUAAGACUUGUUUGGUUCUUCACAACCUCUGUGAAAGCAAUGGAGACCAUUAUUUUGAUUCGUGGGAUGAAAAUGUUUGUGAAGAAAGGAAAACAUUUGUACAGCCAUUACACGUGGAGAAUCUGACAGAUCGUUCUCAAGAAGGAUUUUCAAAGAGAAAUGAAUUGGCUAUUAUUCUGUAUUAACUAAUAUGUUAACAUUGAUUUAAACAUGUAUUUUGAAGUAAGAAAGAGAAACAUUAGAAGUUCAUAUAUUGUAUUUUGUUCGACCCUUUAAAUGCAGUGACUGUAUUGAGCUUAGAAUUAUAGCAUUGAAUUGGGUACAAUUAAAUGGCAUGUUUAUUUGUUUCUGUACAUGUGUCUGUUAAAAUGACCUUAUUUGAAUAAAUUGUAUUGCAAUGAACAUUUUAUAGAAGAUUUGAGAACAAAGUAGUUAUUUGUGUAAAAUCUAUUUAUGUUAUGCUUGUUUUAGCAUUUUAAAAUGCAAGCUGUUACAAAAAACUUAAGAAAAUG